AUUCUGUCAACUGUCAUGUUCGGCGGCAAGGCAAAGCAACGGAUAAAUAUAAAUAAUUAACUUUCGUUGAUCGUUCGUAUUCCUUCCUUUUCGUUUCAUUCAAGUUAUUAAUUGAAAGUAACACGUGUUAAAUUUAGCCAGAAUAAAGAUUAAAUGUUUGGCUUUUAGUGAUUUAAUAAAUGAAUUAUGGAAACAUCCAGAUUAGAUACAGAACUACCACAUAAAAUGGCUCAUUUGGAUAUUAUGGAAGUGGAAGAAUCUAGCAUCCAAAAUGUAAUGCCUGAAUCAAGUUCACGUUUAUUGAGAAAACGGAAGUCUGUAGUCCCUGAACCUAGCAAAUUAAGGAAUCGUAGAGUCAGUAUGAAACCCAAAAAACACUUAUCAGAAACAGCCAAUUCUAAACAAGUUGAGGCCUUGUAUCUUAAUAAAAAGAAAAACACACUAACACAAACCUUAGAAACCAUAUAUGAGGAACCUAAGUCAGGUGGUUCAGAUUCUGAACAACUCAUUGGUAAUAGAAAAGUAAAAAGACUGUUGACAUUCCAAAUAGGCAGACACUAUACUAAAGAAAAGAUAAAGAAACGCAGAGCUAAAAUCAAGAAGCUUUUGGGAAACAAAUCAUUCCUGAAUAGAAAAAAAAUACCAAUGGAUGUAUUUUUAAAAACUAUUGAAUGUUUGGAGUUGGAUGAAGUUGUCCAGACUGAGGAAACUGUGGAUAGUAAAUCUGUGUGAGAUAGUAAUAAGCAAAUAUGAAUCAGCAUUUAGUAUUUUUAACUUUGCCAUGAUUGUCCAGGUCGCUUUUUAUGAGCUAUUGUAGGAUGUUUCAAAGCACAUGGAUGCACAGUAAGUUUGUAUUUUGACAGUCUCUGUGGUGUAGUGGUAUAUUUAAAAGGCCUUGGGUUUAAUCAGCGGCUGGGCUGAUUGAGUAUUUGGUUUUCUUAAUAGGCCCAGUUGGCCAAGACAGGCCAACAGGUUUUAACAGGUUAAUAAUAAUUUUAUUUAUUUCUUUAACCUGUUAAAAUAAACAUCAAAUCAAUUGACAAAAUGUCAUUUACCUAGUGUGUGAUAUCCAACAGUCAGCACCAGAUGAUAUCUUUACAUAAAAUCUUAAUUUUGUGUAUGUCAACUAGCAUAUGUCUAAGAUAGUGAAUUAGCCUGCCAGGUCUGGCUGGUGGGAGAUUAUAGUCAAGGGCUAACUUGUAAAGAAUAAAAAAGAAAUAGAAACUAACUUACUGUGCAUUCUGCUUCUUCCACUGCCACCCACCCCUUCAACGGCUCAAAUCAUAGGGCGACCAAUUACGUCAAGGUUUCUUAUGUGACUAUUACAAUUUUAAACAUACCGUGUCAAAAAAUAUAAAGGUACUGUGUGGGUAAUGCACAGGCACAUUGUUACAUAAUAUAAAAUAUGGUCUACAUAUUAUGGUUAAAAGGGAUUAAACUUUAAGUAUGCCAUAAUCAUCCCACCAUUUGUAAUUUUCUAUUCGAAAUUGCAGCUGAAAGUGAUAUGUAUGAGUAAAGAACACAGAUGAACAAAAAAUAUCUUCUAAUUCUUAAAAAAAAAUGUUAUUUGACAUUUUUUGUUCAUCUCUAGCCUUACAUACCACUUUAAUCAUGUGCUGUGAAAAAAGAUCAAAAUGACGACAGUCGAUUAUGCCAGAUCAGUCCAAUGAAUUAUAUUAGAAAAACUAGCUGGCGCCGCGCGGUUUCACCCGCGUGGUUUCCGUUCCCGUAGGAAUUCGGAGAUAAUAUAUAGCCUAUAGCCUUCAUCGAUAAAUGAGCUACAUAACACUGAAAGAAUUUUUCAAAUCGGUCCAGUAGUUCCUGAGAUUAGCGCGUUCAAUCAAACUAACAAACAAACUCUUCA